GCAGGAAGUGAAUCUGUCCAAUUACAAAACUUUCGAGCAAGUUUGGCCCGUGUAGUGAAUUAAUAUAGUUUUGUUGGCGUAAAUUAAAACGAAAUAACAUACCAUUAGGAUAUUACUGUCAGCAUAAUAUUGUUUUUCCAUUUAUAAAAAUCUGCAACCGCAGAUCUUAAUCGAUCUCCGACCAAAGUCUGUUCAUGCACCGAGUUGACUGAGUGAGAUCAGGUCAGUGUUAUAGGAGCAGAUCCCUUGGAUAUGGCAGAUCCAGAGUCGACGCCUGGGGACGGUCUCGCCAGAACUCUGAACUUUAACGUGGGUGUGUUGGGACAUGUCGACAGCGGAAAGACGUCUCUGGCCAGAGCUCUGAGCAGCACUGCGUCCACGGCGGCCUUCGACAAGAGCCCGCAGUCCAAAGAGCGCGGCAUUACACUGGACCUGGGUUUCAGCGCCUUCACUGUUCCCCUGCCCGAGCACAUGAGGCAGAGCUGUGGAGAAUAUGACAGUCUGCAGUUCACACUGGUGGACUGUCCGGGACAUGCCUCCCUCAUUCGCACCAUCAUUGGCGGGGCUCAGAUCAUUGACCUGAUGAUGUUAGUGGUCGACGUUGUGAAAGGUAUGCAGACGCAAACUGCAGAGUGCCUUCUCAUUGGUCAGCUCACCUGUUCGCACAUGAUCGUCAUCCUCAAUAAAACAGACCUGUUGCCCAGUGACAAGAGACAGAGUGCCAUUGAGAAGAUGACCAAGAGGAUGCACAAAACUUUGGAAAACACUAGAUUUAAAGGUUGUCCAGUCAUUGCCGUGGCAGCAAAGCCAGGGGGACCCGAGGCUCCAGAUACAGCAGAAGCACAGGGAAUCACUGAGCUCAUAGAGCUGCUAAAAUCCCAGGCGUUUCUACCUCAGAGAGACCCAGCUGGUUCUCUGCUAAUGGCAGUGGAUCAUUGUUUCUCCAUCCGUGGCCAGGGAACAGUCAUGACAGGCACCAUCCUGCAGGGGGCACUGCGUGUCAAUGAUACACUAGAGAUACCUGCACUCAAGGUAACGCGGAAGGUGAAAUCGAUCCAGAUGUUCCAUAAGCCGGUUCCUAGUGCAAUGCAAGGAGAUCGGGUCGGUGUGUGUGUCACACAGUUUGACCCAAAGCUGCUGGAGAGAGGGGUGGUGUGUACACCUGGUUCACUGCAUACCAUUCAUGCUGCCAUUAUUUCUGUAUGGAAGAUUGAGUACUACCGCGGGGCACUUAGCAGCCGUGCAAAAUUCCACAUCACCCUUGGACAUGAAACAGUCAUGUCACGCGUGUCAUUCUUCAGCCGGGCUUCUCCAAGUGCUGACUCAGUAGCAGCGUCUCCUUCAGGACAGAGCGCAGAGACUUUCUCAUUUGACUGGGAGUUUUGCCACCAGGAGGAAUAUUUGACUGGCCAGGGAGAAGCCAAGGGGCGGGAUCCAGUUCAGUGGGCAUUAUUAGAGUUUGAACGGCCUGUCACAUGUCCACCACUCUGUUUGGUGAUUGGCUCCCGGCUGGACUCUGAUAUCCACAGUAACACAUGCAGGCUUGCUUUCCAUGGAAAGCUGUUAGACGGCUUUGAAGACAAAAACUAUGUGGACAGCGUCUUGCCCAAGCUCAAAAUCAGUAAAGACAAGCACAAAGAAGGAGCAGUGGAACGGGUGACAGAUGACUACACUGUGAUUGGUAAAAACCUGUUCAAGAAAGAGACCAACCUUCACCUGUUUGUGGGCUUAAAGGUUACACUUUCUUCAGGAGAGACCGGGGUCAUUGAAGGCAGCUUUGGGCAGAGUGGAAAAAUCAAAAUUAGAGUUCCAGAGGGACUGAAAGAAGAAACAAAGCAACUCCUCUCCUCUUCCUCCAAGAAAAAGGGAAAGGGCGGGGCUAAAAAUGAACCACCUAAAGAAGAGGACGCCAAAGUAGACUCUCAGCCUAUAACCAUUCAUCUGAAUUUUAAAAGAUAUGUUUAUGACCCUCAUAAAAAGAUGGUGCAGUCUUGAUUUUUACAGCACUAAUAAUGGCUAUGGUAGAGACUAAUUAAGAGGAGCAAUAGAGGGAGCUCAAGCUCAGGGUGAUUAAUUAGCAGUCACAUGAGGUUCUGUGCAUAUGAAUGUGGCAGGAAGUGUGAGUACGUAACCCUCUGAUUGGCUUUCUGGUACUUUGGAAUCAUGUAGUUUCCCUGCAAUAAAAUACCCAACACUGGAGAAAAUACUGAA